AUUGAUUAGCGCGGAAUAUCAUUUAUCGUUCUUAAUAUUAUUGUCGUUAUUGUCCCCGCUUGCUACGAAUUGAACUUUUUGUGUGACCCUUCAACUUCAACUUCAACUUCAACUUCGAAGGAGGGAAGUCAAAUCAUGCACUUUCUUUUCUGUCUCCCUCAAAGGUAGCACUUCGCUCUUCUGCCCACAAUUUCUUCAACCAUUCCACCAUGUCGCAGUAUGAGAGCGAACUACUCAUUCUCCUCGUGGAGGACCUCUAUGGAGACCUUUGCUCGACGGUUUUCAAGGCCCUCAUUCAUCUCCAUCGAACCACCCUCCCAGUCCUAGCACAAUAUACCGGCUUGCAGACUCGGAGACUCAAAGCCACUCUCUGCGUCCUCAUACAGAACCACCUCGUCGUUUUCAAUACCAGCCGAGAUGAAGGCAUUACCUUCUAUGAAGCGGACCGGAAAGGCGCCUACGAUAUUGUUCGAUUCGGCAAAUCCGUCAAGAUCUGUGAAGAACGCUUCGGCCGUGGGGCAGGGCAGGUGAUUGCGCAUGUGCUCUCCUUAGGCCAUGUACCCAUCGCGGAGAUCAUCCAAAAGUAUAAUGCGGAGAUGUCGCAGAAAUCGAAACGCGGCAAGAAGCGAUUGCGAACAAACCCCCCCGCAACGAAUGGAGCUGGUGCAACUGCGGAUCAUACCGAAAUCACUUCCUCUACAUUUAGCGCUAUCGAAUCCCAAAAGCAUCUUCGUGCGAUUGUGCGGCAAUUGCUCGACGAACAGAUGCUCCUUCCUGAAAGACAAUACUUCUUCAAACCUUCUUACGAUGUUCAUGAGGAGGCGGAGGCAAUCGUAAAGAAAGAGGAGUUUCCUAAAGGCUUGAAGGGGACCAAGGACAAGGCGCGAUUGCUGCAGCAGGUCAAUGAGUUGAAACGGAAAUGGAGAGAUGACGAUGAUGAUGGCGAUGGCACCGGUCGUAACGGGAGUGCAGCAAAAGCCAUAAGGAAGUUCAAAACCCCGAGAAUUAAUGGUGCAUUUACGAAUGGGGUCAACGGAAAUCAUGUGAACGGUGACGAAGAUGUGGAGCUCAACGAGGAACUUGUCGUUCGUCUCAACCAUGAGAGGAUAUCCGUCGCGAUACGCACUGAACGCCUCACCAAUCUCGCUGGAAGGUACCUCGGCGAGAUACCGUCCAAAGUGUAUCGCGUUCUUUUGCGAAGCAUCGAAGAUCAAAUCCCGAGGUGCUUCGAUGACCUAAAGGACAAUGGCAAUGAAUCGGACGAAGAGGAUGAAAUCCGUCCUACGACAAGCACGACGAACGUCGCAAGCCUAUUGGCGGAGCUCUACCCGAAAGUCAAUUUGAAGGACGGCUUGGUACAUGGGCAGCUGAACGGGCACUCCGAUGGAGCCGAUGGUCAUCAAGACUCUGAUGAAGAGUCCGAUUCGGAUGAAGAUACCGUUCGCCCUGCGGGAUCUCGCGAGGCGUUGCGUGAGAAUAAAGAACGAUUGUCCGAUGUCCGGGAACACUUAUGGGCCCUGGCUGACGACCCGCGGGGGUUCAUCACUUGGACAAACAGCCCUUCAAGAGAAUGGGAAGUUGACCUCUCGCGACUCAACCAGGUCCUCAUCCAACACGAGCUUGAAGAGACAGUUACGCAUAGCUUUGGCAACAUGGGCACAAAAGUCCUUCGUAUCCUAAAGGACAAAGGGAAGUUGGACGAGAAGCAGAUCAGCACAUUUGGUUUGCUCCGCCCGAAGGAUAUCCGACCGGUUCUCUCGGCCAUGCAAGAGACCGGAUUUAUAGAUCUUCAGGAGGUUCCCAAAGACCUUUCCCGUCAAACGUCCAAAUCCCUUUGGUUUUGGUAUUUUGAUCCAGUUCGCACCCGACAAAACAUGCUCCAGGCAACAUUCAAGGGCAUGUCCCGGUGUCUGCAGCGGGCCAAGAAGCAACGACUCGAGUUCAACCUCGUGGUUGACAAAGCGGAUCGAUUGGAUAUCCGAGGGAAGGAAGAUGCACAAUUGACUCGGGCGGAGCGGGAACAGUUGGCAAAGUGGAAAGAGAUUGAGGAGAAACUCCACGUUCAGCUUGGCCGAAUGGAUGAUACGAUUGCAGUGUUGAGAGACUUUGACGGGGCGGUCGGAGAGAAUUGACGUGGUUUUGUUAGGGGAACAAGCCGGUAUUGAGUUCGAGUAGGGUGGUGGAGAGCAUGUGGUCACAGAAUAUGUACGCAUAUGACGAUGAAUGCUAUUAACAGCGGAGUGGCAAUUCCAAAUCCCUUGGGUCCGGCCAUUGAGUAUCUUGCAUGAUUGAAACGUCAAAUAUGUUCAUCCCAUUACCUAUGAUUGGUUGAUGCAUUAGACAGCCUACAAGAAAGCGUCCAAAUUG